CCGACAUACAGCACACUUCGCCUACGUCAGUCCGCCAUGCGCCCCCUCCACCUCAGCGCUCACUUCGUGAGCCUCUGGGUUUGCAGCGUCCUUUCAUCUCCUACUGGUGGCAGCUGUCCCGUGAUGCAUCCUGGCGAGCGAGUAAUUAAAGAGCUGGGACCGCAGUUGUCCCAGCAUGCUUCCAUUGUGCUGCCGUCAUCUGACGAAGGAAGCAACUUGCUCAUUCGAGCCUCCACGCCACGGGUUGCACCCGCUUUUGUCGCUAUUGUCGAGGUCGCCACUGAACAGGAUGUCCAGAAGACAAUCAGAUAUGCCAACGAGAAAAGCAAGCCAUUCUUGGCUGUCUCUGGUGCUCAUGGCUGGCCAUUGACGUUGAACAAUGUAAAAAAUGGCAUCCAGAUCAACAUGCGCAAACUCAACUCGACAGCCAUCGCUGAGGACGGAAACACGGCCACAAUUGGUGGAGGUGCGUUGCAAUGGGAGAUUACGUCGUCUCUCUUUAAGCAACAAAAGCAAGCUGUAACCGGUAUCUGCGAGUGUACAUCAGGCAUCGGACCUCUCCUGGGAGGCGGGCAUAGCAUGCUGCAGAAUCGUCACGGAUUUGCUGCUGAUAAUCUGGUUUCUGCCCGUGUUGCCUUGGCAGAUGGCUCCAUUGUCCGCGUUGCUGAAAACGAAAACGCCGACCUUUUCUGGGCUAUUCGUGGGGCCGGCCACAACUUUGGAAUCGUUAUGAGUUACGAGCUUAAGCUAUAUGAUGCUAGUGCUAAGUGGAAUAUGACGGUGUUCUCGUUUACGCAAGACAAGCUGGAGGAAUUCUUCAGCACAUGGAACCAGCUGGAGCAGGACAUUGCCAAUCCUGGCCUCCUGCUUCUCAACGGUGUCAUGGCCCGAAACCCAGAGGUUGAUAAGGACUACCCCCUCAUCAAUUUGCAGGUUAUCUACGAAGGCUCUGACACCGCUAUUGACACCUACACGACCGCUUUCCGAAAGCUAGGACCUGUUUUCGACCAAACAACAAAGGAUAUUGCAUGGGGUGACCUAUUUGAGGCUGGUGGCUUUGGCAAAUCCAGUCAAGUCUGCCGCAAGAAUGAGAAUAUCCUUGGAUACCCCAACUCCUUUGAAAGCUGGGACGUCGAGGGCAUGCGCCGGGGAUUCUCCCUAUACACCAAUUUGACCGCUGACCCCGUCUUCACUGGAGCUGCUUGGCUACUAGAGUCAUAUGGGCGUGUUGGUGUACGUAACGUACCGGCCGACUUCAACGCUGUUGCCCCAGAGGAGCGCCAACGCCAUCUGCUGACGUCGCCGAUGCUCUGGUGGAAGGGCCACAAGGAAGCUGACCGACAGAAAGCUAUGUCAUACGGCUCUCAGAUACAAAAAGCCAUUCGUGGAGAAGACGUUAUUCCCCACAUGUACGUUAACUACGCGAUGGGUUCCGAGACGGUCGCCGAGACGUACGGAAGGGAUCAGUCACGAGUCCAGCGCCUGCGCCAGCUGAAGGCAAAGUGGGAUCCCAAAGACAGAUUUGGCUUUUACAACCCUCUUACCAAGGGCCAGUAAAGCAUCUAGCCAACUGGGCCUUGGCCUGCGACUUGUUCCGGUCAACAAGAAAUUGAAAAACAUCAUGAACACUAUCCAUCAAAACGUACAUAUUCAGUCCCACGCUACGACCUUUUGUUUUGCAUAUACACCAGUCUAUAGUAUAAACCUUCCUAAAACAGCAACUCGUGUUCGAAUUA